GUAGGGGCGUUGGUGAGGCUGGUGCACCCCAAACCUCUGAGGUUCUGCUGGGGAAAAAGAGGACGACGAAGCUUCGCGCGCCACGAAUGGACCCUUAGUUAUGGAUUAAUUGCUUUUGUGAGCCUCUCACAGCGCGUCACUUCCGGCCAAGCCCCACUGCUCCGAGCUCCGUCCAGCAGUCUCGAGCUCCUCCUCAUCUUCCUCACCAUCCUCACCAUCCUCACCCUCGCGCCCAGCGCUCCUGUGCACGUCUUGCUGCAUUAGUCCCUCUGUCUCCACCUGUUGGCCUUCACCAUGUCCCUGUCCUCUGGAGCCGUGUCCAGUCCUGGCUCUGGCCGGUUCUGUGGUUUGUUGUGUCCACUGCAGUCCGAGGCGGAGCAGAGCGUGCGGCCAACAGACUCUGGGCGGGUCAUUGAACGGCAGAGAGACGCUCAGGGCCGCAGGGUGGAGAUCCGAAGGAGUGCAGGGAAGGAGCUGCUGCAGAACAUCAACGACACGAGUGACCGUCUCCUAAUUAAAGGAGCUAAGAUCGUGAAUGAUGACCAGUCCUUCUCUGCAGACAUCUACAUGGAGGAUGGCCUCAUCAAGCAGAUCGGGGAGAAUCUGAUUGUUCCUGGUGGGGUGAAGACCAUCGAUGCCCACGGUGGGAUGGUAAUGCCAGGGGGCAUCGAUGUCCACACACGGUUCCAGAUGCCUGACCGAGGCAUGACUGCGGCUGAUGAUUUCUACCAGGGAACCCGCGCAGCACUGGCAGGGGGGACCACUAUGAUCAUUGACCAUGUAGUCCCGGAGCCAGGGACUGGACUGAUGGCAGCGUUCAAUCAGUGGCAUGAGUGGGCCGACAGUAAGUCCUGUUGUGAUUACUCGCUCCAUGUGGACAUCACUGAGUGGCACAAAGGGAUCCAGGAGGAGAUGGAGACACUCGUCAGAGACCAUGGUGUAAACUCUUUCCUGGUCUACCUGGCAUAUAAAGAUGUUUUCCAGCUGACCGACUCACAGGUCUACGAGGUGUUCAGUGUGAUCCGAGACUUGGGCGCCAUUGCGCAAGUCCAUGCUGAGAACGGAGACAUCAUUGCUGAGGAACAGCGUAGGAUUCUGGAACUGGGCAUCACUGGACCAGAGGGACAUGUGCUGAGCCGUCCAGAGGAGGUGGAGGCAGAGGCAGUCAAUCGCUGUGUGACAGUGGCCAAUCAGACCAACUGCCCUCUUUACAUCACCAAGGUGAUGAGCAAGAGUGCCGCUGAUGUCAUCGCCCAGGCGAGGAAGAAAGGCACUGUGCUGUAUGGAGAGCCAAUAACGGCCAGUCUGGGCACGGACGGCUCACACUACUGGAGCAAAAACUGGGCCAAAGCUGCGGCUUAUGUGACGUCCCCGCCCCUCAGUCCAGACCCCACCACACCCGACUAUCUGAACUCUCUGCUGUCCUGUGGUGACCUGCAGGUGACCGGCAGUGCCCACUGCACAUUUAACACUGCCCAGAGGGCCGUGGGCAAAGACGACUUCACCCUGAUCCCCGAGGGCACCAACGGGACGGAGGAAAGGAUGUCCAUCAUCUGGGAUAAAUGUGUGGUGACUGGUAAGAUGGAUGAGAACCAGUUUGUGGCUGUGACCAGCACAAACGCAGCUAAGAUCUUCAACCUGUACCCCCGUAAGGGCCGCAUCGCUGUGGGAUCAGACGCAGACCUGGUAAUGUGGGACCCUGACGUUACAAAAAUCAUCUCCGCCAAGAGCCACAACUUGGCAGUGGAAUAUAACAUCUUUGAGGGCAUGGAGGUGCGUGGAGCACCAUUGGUGGUGAUAAGCCAGGGAAAAAUCGUGCUGGAGGACGGAACCCUCCAUACCACAGAGGGCUCAGGACGUUACGUGGCCCGAAAACCCUUCCCCGACUACGUCUACAAGAGGAUAAAGGCCCGCAGCAGGCUUGCUGAGUUAAGGGGUGUCCCACGGGGUCUUUACGAUGGGCCGGUCUGUGAGGUGUCCGUGACCCCCAAAGCUGUCACUCCAGCUUCUUCUGCCAAAACUUCUCCAGCCAAGCUGGCCGCGCAGCCCGUCCGCAACCUGCACCAGUCUGGAUUCAGUCUGUCUGGUGCUCAGGUUGAUGACAACAUUCCACGCCGUACAACUCAACGCAUCGUGGCGCCCCCUGGUGGCAGGGCCAACAUCACCAGCCUGGGCUAGACCUCUCCUCUCUCUGCAGGAGAUCAGGGGGUUGCAGGCGAGGGAUGUCUGCAAGUGGAGAUGUUUUCAACAUCAUGCCUUGAGCCAAAUUGUCCAAGGGGCCUUUGACUCUCCACUCCCCAAAUCCUGUCAACCUCCCCUACAUUUUUCAGUCCCCUACACCCCCCAGCUCUCCCCAUCCUUUCCUCAACGUUGCUCCCUCUCCUUGAGGAGAAAUCUAGAAAAAAAAAAGAAGUAUUUGCCUCAUGUGAAGAUAAAAGGAAAAAAUUAACACUCCAUAUUUGAGCACCUCUGAUUGUAUGAUUUAGUGUUUUUUAUACUGUACUUUUUACCUACCAUGUGUCAUUUUAUUAUUUUUCUAUUUAACUUUUUUUUUUGUUGUUUUUAUUGGGAGGGUCCAGUUAGACUAGGCAGAGCUGUUAAUGUUUACUUUAUUUAACAAGGUAACUGGGGUAACAAGAGUCCUAGCUUUGAGCACUUCCAGUGGCCUAAAAGGUGUCUUCUGUCAUUACUUGUGGGUCAGUGUUUAUAAGGAAGAGAUGGAAUGUCAGGAUUCAUUCAAAAGUUGGUGCAUAGAAGUCAAGGUGAAAUGUUGAGUGUACUUCAGUGAUGUAAUUUUCAUGGCUUGUAUUGUGGUCAAAAAUACGUCCAGAUUACACAGAAUGAAGUAACUGCAAAUGAAGAAAACCACAUGGGCAGUGUGGUACACCACAGAGUGUGCUACCUUUCAUUGUGUAUGACUUUAAAACUCCAUGACUUCAUGUAUGCGAGCAAUGAGCAAAGCCUUGUUUAGACAAAUAAAGAGGACGUGGGUGUUAAACUUGGCUUCCUCUAUUGUUUUGGAAGUUGCAUUUCAACAGGAACAUAAUAAACAGUCGUGCUCCAUAUGUGGAAAGUGGUUUAAUGCAUCAUUGCUAAGAGUCCAUGAAAGUGAGGGUUGUGUUUGGCUGUGAAUGAAUAGCGCACUGUUUUUGCCGCUUCAAGGGUGAAGUUUUGGAAGUCGGUGCCCUGUGAGGAUAUUUUUCUGGCAGGGCAUUGAAAUCGUUGUAAUGAGAGAGUUAGAUGCAAUGGCAGGCAACUGUAGCACAGGAAAGGAAUUUAGGAAGGCACAGGUGGGAAGUGACAAAGAAAUGAAGGACGUUUGGGCUUUGAUGUCUCCCUUGUGGCUGGUUUAAACUCAGGAAAUAGGGAGGUACAGAAUGGAGGUGUGGCUACUAGUGCUGGAACAACAACUUCUACCACUUCUGUAAAACCAGUGCUUGGAGCCAGUGUUGUCGUCUUGGCUUGUAACAGCAACAUUUCAACUGUAAAUGCAAAUAUUGAGGUUUUGAACAUUUAUCUUAAAAGAAGUGUUUAAAUGUUUUUUUUUGGUUUUUUUUUAAGCGUCACAGUGUUUAGUUGGGCUGUUUGAGAACAAACUGGAGAAAGCUUAACUUACAGGAGGCCUGUCACUAUCAUGAAGUGUUAUCUGACAAUUAAUUUCCAGUUAAAAAUUGCCUGAAGUUGCCAAAUUGGCUGCUUAGCUAUAUUCUUAUUAACUCUCAGCUGACAACAGACAUCAAAUAAACAAACAUUACUCAUUACUGCCCUUUAACUAACAUCAACUCAGCAAAUAUUAAUCACCACUCUAAAGGUGUUUUUAACAAACAUUACUCACUGUCGCCCUCUAAAGGUGCUUUUGACAUAUAAUAAACAAACAUUACUCACUGUCGCCCUCUAAAGGUGUUAAUAACAACCUUCAAAUAAACAAUUAUUAAUCACCACUGUCCUCUAAAGUUGUUUACAACAAACAUAAAAUGAGCAAACAUUAACAUAAACACUCUAAAAUGUUAAUGACAUAAAACAAUUAAACAUUACUCACUGCUGCCCUCUAAAGGUGCUAUUGACAUAAAACAUUUAAACUCUGCUGCCCUCUAAAGGUGUUAUUAACAAACAUUAAGUAUAACCAAACAUUAUUAACUAUUAACAAACACCAAAUAAACCAAUAUUAUGUCUAUAUUGUAACACCAAGUUAGUUGUUUGUAUAACACCCAUGACAUCACAGAAAUGUGUGCAUGUAAUGCUUCCUCUUAUUUACGUGCAUUUCUCUCACUCAGCUGUUAAACACGAACCCACAUUCUCUUUCUAAUUAGUGCUACAUGAACAUAUGAUGGACAGCUAGUAACUGCGGGAAGCAAUUGCGAUCAAAUAAUUGUGAUGAUGACACCACAAGAUCUGUGCAACCUAAAUGCUGUGAACAUUUUCAUCCUUUUCAAAAAACAGCUCAGCUAAAAUGCAUGAUAUACAAAAGGUUUUUACAGCAAAGUUUCUUUUUUUGCAUUUACAGUGUAGAAUUGCUCUCAGUGCAGUUUGACUGUAUUCGAGUGGCUUUUAUUCAGCCGUUACUGCCUGUGUGGGUGAAUGUGCUGCUGGCGAAUGAAUGUGGCGUUCACAUCGACGGAAAUGGAAAUGAAUGGGUGUCUUUCGUCUUUUAUGUUUUUACACUAACCCUAGCUUUAUGCUUGUGCCUAAAGUCACAGAAGUGUACUGACCAUUUUUUAGUCCAUUUUGAUUUUUUUUUUCCAUUUUUUAUUUUUUUUUGUAAUUAUUAUUGAUGAAAAAGAAGACUAUAAAUGUACAAUAGCCGAUGUUAACCGAUGCAAAGGUGCCAGCUUUUUCUCCCUUACCCCUUUUCACAGUGCUCUUGUUUGAGAUUCUAUCGCAGUGCCAUUGUCGAUGUUAGUGAUGUAGUGCAAUGAAUGAUAUGUAAUCAAUGUGAUCGCACUGGUUUAAUUCAAAUAAGGGACUUUGAUGAUUAACUUCAGGACCUCCAGAGUAAAGGGCACACCUUAACUGACCAGUUUUCCCUGCGCUGAAAAGAAAUAGUGCUUUGGAUGUACUUGACUUGAUCUCCACAUGGAUAAAAGGUUUUCACUUAUUGCAAAAAAGACAAUUGUACACGGUUAAAUCAAGUAAAUUCAAAGCAGUUCUUUUCGGUGUAGUAAAUGCUACAGUGCGGAGUUGCUGAAGGGCUGAACUAAUUGUUUUGAGAGUGGACCAUGUAUGAUGUAUAAUGUAGUUGUAGUGUAGUGAAAAAGUCUCACGCUGGAUCAAGUGUGCCUCUCUGUACGUCUCUGACGGAACCCUGAGCGACCCUGGUGGACCAAUGCUCAAAUCUGCACUUUUUUUUGUUCUUUUAUUGUGCAGUCUGGUUCUCAUUUAAUAAACCCAUCCUACAGCU